UCAUGUUUCUGUUAAUAAUAAUCGAAUAACUAUAUUUCGAUUUCUUAUGAUAUUAGAUGUACAUUGAACGUCGAUUCUCAUAAGAUAAAAUGUUCAGAAAUUGGCUGGGAUUUGUUUCUUUUUGCUGUUCAGUCUUGGUUAACUCACAUCUUUCAAUUUCCUCAGAGCCUCCAAACAUCCACAUAAAGUCCUCUGGUUUAUUCAAUAUUUCAUUCAAAACGAAUGAAUCAGAAUCUUACUCACCAAUAAUACCAUUUGGAAGUGCUAUCUACUUAUGCUGCAGUGGAAAUGAACCAUUAACAUGGAACUAUACAGCAAAUACUUUGAAUAACUCAAUAUUUACGGAAACAUCUACAAACAUGACUGAUGAAUGCCUGACUGAUAAGAAGAAAACAAAGUUUCAAAAUAAAUUGACGAUACUCAAUGUAACCUCUAAUCAGAUCGGUAGAUACAUUUGCUCUUAUCAGGAUGCAAAUAUUCAAACUUCAAUUCAUUUUCUAAUGAAUGACUGGUUCAAAGAAGGGCUGAUGAUAGAGACUGGCAACGGAAGCAAUCAGUCCAAGCCACUGGCCUUACCUACACUCAGCAUUGCUCAACAAAACACGAGCAAAUCAUUAAUGAAUAAAUCAGUAUCAACUGAACAGCAAACCCAUGUUGAGAUCAUUGGAUCACAACGCUUCUUCUCUAAAGGCUCUUCGCAUUCACUUAACUGCUAUGCAAUCGCCAAUCAGCCUUUGAAUAUUUCUUGGUCUUUCUUUCCUUGUAAACACACAUCUUGUAAUCGAGUGACUAACUCGAAUCGCAUAAUAGCCAAUCGAUUCAAUGACCGUUUCAAUAAUGAAUCCGAUUGGGAAACUAAUCAAUGGUUUUUACCCAGAAGAGGCGAAGAGUCAAUCAUAAACUUUUAUCAAUUUCGAUCGGUUUUAAACAUAAAGAAUGCCUCUCAUGACGGUAUCUAUAGAUGCGAAGCCUCCAAUAGCCAUGGAUCCAAACACGCUGAUAGGUAUUUCAUGAUAACUAGUUCUGGUUCAGAAGAGAUUCACUUGAGAGUCAAUGCAACUGAAUACAUUGUAGGAGAUGAUUUAUUAUUUAGGUGUGAAGCUUCGCCACUGAAUUAUUCUAAACUCGAUUGGUACCAAAGUAAAUGUCAUACACUGCCUCAUAAAUUGCCGAAUACAUCUCGAAUAAUGAUCCACAAUCUCAACAAUCAGGGUGAAAAUUUAGUGAGUACAUUGACUUUGAUGAAAAUCGAUAAGUAUUCAGCUGGAACUUACUAUUGCAAUGCAACAUUGAAAGUCGAUGCGAAAAGCGAAGAAUCAUCUACAAAAGAUACAAACUCUUCUUUGAAGUUGAGCGAUUCAGUAUCUUAUGUCGUUAAGAACAAGAAGAUUACCAUAAUCUGGGCGAUUCCACCAAAGUUAAUGAGCUCAAACAUGAACAAAACUUUAGUCAAAUUCGCCCAAUCAUCGAUGUUCGAGCUAUUUUGUGCCGCCAUCGGAAAGCCUAAGCCUACAAUUGAAUGGUUAAAAGAUGAUCAAGUGAUAGAGCAGAACGAUAGACUAAAUAUUCAUACAGUCGAUGACAGUUCACAUUUAGUUAUCCAGAACUUGAAUGUAUCUGAUAAAGGUAAAUAUGAAUGUAGGAUAUCGAACAAAGGAGGAACGAUUCGACGACAAAUAUUCCUGGAAGUGGUUGGUAGUUUGAGUAAUGCUCUUAAAGUCGUCAUCAUUUUAUUCGUCAUUACUGUUCUUGUGAGUUGCACUUGCAUUUUUAUAGUUUCCUUGGUUGUAGCCCGACAUCGAAAGCGCACUAAAUACUUGACUGCAGACCUUCUGAGUCCUUCAUCAAUCAAUUCAUACAACCCUAAUGUACCUUUAGAUGAACAGGUUGACUUGUUGUCUUAUGAUUCUCGAUGGGAGUUUCCACCUGAUCGACUGAAAAUAAAACGAACUCUUGGUGAAGGCGCUUUUGGUCGAGUUGUUCUAGCUCAAGCAAUCGGCCUCAGUGAAACUGGAAGAAAUAGUCUUGUUGCUGUUAAAAUGUUGAAACCAGAUGCUGAUUAUUUGCAGGUUAAAGCACUUAUAGCUGAGCUUAAAAUACUCAUUCACAUGGGUCGAAAUCUGAAUAUCGUCAACUGCCUUGGAGCUGUAACUAAAUGCCAUGAGCACAGUAAACUAAUGAUAAUCGUCGAGUACUGUCCUUAUGGCAACUUAAGAGACUAUUUGAGGGAACGGCGCAAUUUUUUCAUUAAUCAAGUUGAUCCAGUCUCUGGCUUGUAUGAUCCAAAAAUGCAACAAUAUAGUCAAAAAUAUUAUCCAUUCAAUCCGACAGGAACCUACACUUCGAUGGAAAAUUCAACUGCAACAAGUAGUUCCAAUUAUUAUUCCAAUAACGAUUCAGGUAAUGCAGAUUGUAUCAACUCUGCUGAUGGAUUCUGUACGAGUGUCACAUCUGAUGAGGCAGAUUCGAGUGCUUCUUUGCAAAUCAGUACAAGUUUUUUGAUUGCGAUUGCUUUUCAAGUAGCCAGAGGAAUGGAAUAUUUACAACAGAAAAAAUUGAUUCAUCGUGACUUAGCUGCUCGAAAUGUUCUUGUGGCCGAUAAAGGAGUCCUUAAAAUAUGUGACUUUGGUUUGGCAAAAGACAUUCAGAAGGAUUACAAUUACAUCAAGAAGGUCGACACUCCAUUGCCCAUCAAAUGGAUGGCCAUUGAGUCCAUUGGUGAUCGACUCUACACAACUCAAUCUGAUGUCUGGUCAUUUGGGGUUCUACUUUGGGAAAUAUUUACUUUGGGCAAAUCACCUUAUCCAGGUUUACCUGCGGAUCAACACUUCUAUCUCAAGUUGGUUAAAGGAUAUCGAAUGGAGAGACCAGACAAAUGUCCACAAAUCAUUUAUAAGAUAAUGACAGAUUGUUGGCUAUCCAUUCCAAUUGAACGACCCAAUUUUAAACAGUUGGUCAAUAGAUUGGGUGAACUGAUCGACGAAUCCAUUCGUGAUUAUUAUACUGAACUCGAAACGUUGGUUAGUAAAACCACGAUGCCUGGUUACUAUGGAGGACAAGAAAUGAGCUAUUUAGCUAUGCGGGGCUCAGACAAUGACGAAAAGUGUGUUCAAUAUACAGCCAUGAAUGAAAAGAAUGAAAAUUCUAUUCAAGAAAAGUUAAAAGUGGAAUCAUCUGAUAAGCAAUCAAUGCAUUAUGACAUGGUCAAGGGCCAUGAAAGACCAGUCAAUCCCAUGGAAGUUGUUCCUAUGAUCUAUUUAGAUGAUAAUAAUAAUCAAAUGGAGGAUGCAAAUUAUGUUGGGAACCCUCAUGAAUAAAAGCUCAUUUCUGAAGCUUUAUA